AUGGAUUCCUCGACUGGAUCCCUCCGUUCAAUGGAGCUGCGAGUGUCAGACGAUGGUCUUUAUGCUGCGCACAUGCGUGGGAAAGACCUCGCAGUUUUCUGGAAGCUUGCAGCAGAGCGAAAAGAGAUAGAUCUCGAAAGACUCAAAUCAAAUGGAACAAAGUCCAUAAAAUUCGCACCCACUCAAACAUAUGACCCGGAUGGGCCCUUCUCCACCAAGGAUCGGCGUCUUCUUACCCAUCAAGGCUUGUCUGUCGCUAUCUGGAAGUUCCACCCUCUUGAGCAGCUCGCGGAGAUCCAAAACAUCGAGCCCGAGUCAUUGUACGUGGAUUUUGGUGGCAACGAGAAUGAGGUCCUUGUGUUCCAUAACUGGAACACAAAGUUGACAAUCUAUUCACUGAGCGCGGAGCGAAGCACGGUGAUUAAAUCGCCGAAAUUGGCACAUUCCCUUGGAUAUGGCUAUCGCCCGAAGACUAGACAACUCGCCAUUCUCUUGAAGCCUGAAACCACCGAUAUACUCACAGUUCAUGAGUCCCAGUCAUACGAACUCGUCAAUCGGACAGUCCUGACAACCAUUGAUGCACAAGGCUUGAAAUGGAGUCCAGACGGAAAGUGGAUUGCUGUCUGGGAUGUCGCUAGUGCCGGCACCAAGGUGCUGAUCUUUACGGCUGAUGGCCAACUCUUCAGAACAUACUCCAAUGCAUCGGGAUCAGAAGAUGAGAAUGAUACCGGUGUGAGACAAAUUGAAUGGAGUCCGGCCACAAGCCACAACCGAACUUCGCAAGUUCUUGCUGUGAGCAAAGUCAACGGCAACAUUGAAUUACUGCGCACUCGUACUUUCUCAUCCUCUACAAUCCUGUCGCACGUCUUCCAGGUCGACUCGACUACCCCCAGGAUUUGGCGGGAACGCUCGAUUAACGCCUUAGGCGAUGCAGAAUACACCGAAACCUCCAGCUCGUCUGCCUUCAACAUGAGUUCCGAUUCAUCAGCAGGUACACCACGUAGCGCGUCCAUUAUGGCGUUCAGUGCCGAUGGAACCCUUUUAGCAACAGUUGAUCCCACCAAAUCAAAUGUGGUCUGGAUAUGGUCCAUGGAGGGUACGCCGGCACUGACAUCUGCUCUGGUCCACGAACAACCGGUGCGACAGCUCGCUUGGAACCCCUCGACAUCACAGUUACUGAUCAAUAUCGUUACGAAUAAUCUGCCUUCUGUGCGAUACUGGUCGCCACAAAGUCAACCGAUGAUCGCUAAAGUUCCUAUCAAGAAAUCUGAUAGUGGCCGGUAUGAGGUUAAAUGGUUGACAGUGCCUGACCGGAGGUUUUUGUUGGAACCUUCUUCAGACUAUAUCCACGACUCGCCAUUUUGGUUUGGAUCUAGUGAAGAAUGGGUGGUGGGGUAUCUGUCCGAGGAGGGUGGCAGAGCGUACUUUAAAGUGAUCAACUCCAUUGUCAACAGUCCAUAG